AUGGACGAGGGCGCGUUCGACGAGUCUAUGAUGUUCAACGAAUACCACCACCAGACCAAGCCAGGGUCGCCGCCCGCGCACCACCAGCACCAGCCGCUGUUGGCGUUCCAACAGCCGGGUGACAUGAUGGGAUACGCGCUGCCCGUGCCCGACCACAUGGACUUGCAGCACCAUCAUCACCAUCACCACCACCAGCUCCAGGACAUGGACAUGCAUAGGCACCAUCACGGCGUCCAGGAUCAAAUGCAGCAGCAGGACAGGCAGGUACAGAUUGGCGAUCCGCAGGACAUGUUUCAGAUGCCUGUCACGUCCACCGUUCAGGUGCAGCCGGCCGACAUCGUCGUCAACGCCAACGGCCAGAAACACGCCAUCAAGUUGGAAAUGGACUCGAACCCGUUGCCGACCACCGGUCAACAGUCUUCAGGACUACCGGCUGAUCAACCGACGCCAAAGAAAUCUAGUUCUAAAUCGAAAAACACCGACAACAACGGUACGAAGAAGAAAAAGACGAGGACAACGUUCACGUCUCAUCAAUUGGAAGAGUUGGAACGAGCGUUCGAGAGAGCUCCAUACCCUGACGUGUUCGCCAGAGAAGAAUUGGCUUUGAACCUUAAGCUUAGCGAGUCUAGGGUUCAAGUAUGGUUCCAAAACCGGAGGGCUAAGUGGCGAAAGAGGGAGCCACCCAGGAAAACCGUUUACUUGACCAAUUCCGUUUUCCCGUCCGGAUCUCCGGGAUCGUCGGUGAGCUCGACGUCGUUCACCACUCUGACGACGUUCGGUGGUAACGUGUCGCCGUCGUUGGGCACGUGUUCGCCGGUCACGCUCAGCGGCUCGGAGCCCUGGGGCUAUGGUGCCGCCGGUUACGGGGACCUCGCACACCUGAACCUGCUCAACAGCAACGGGUCGUCGCCGUUCGCGCAGAACGCGUUCCACGGCAGCGGCAGCAACAACAACAACAACAACAACAACUUCGGCGGCACGCCGUACGCCGUCCAGCCACAAGACAGCCCGGGCCUGUUCUCGGCCAGCAUGCAGUGUCUGGCCCGGCAGGACAUGAUGGGUCCUUUGGACCAAUCGCCGCCCGACCGCGACUAUCACGGGCAUCAGCUCAACAAGCACGUGGUCGACUCGUACGUGAUGAGCCAGGACAUGGCAGGACUCCUGCAGCCGGACGCCGAGUGCGACAUCGUCGGGACCAUGGGAUACGAAGUCCAGGAUCACCAGCAGCAUCAGCAUCAGCAUCAACAGCAACAGCAACAGCAGCAGCAGCAGCAGAUAGACGAAGACGGGGAAGAGGAGACUGCGAUAAAAGUCGAGCCACCGUUCACGCCACUUCCACCUUUCAUCAACUGA